UCUUUCCCCUUUCUGAUUGUCUAGCAGAGACACAACUGAGCUCCACACACAUCACCUCCUGUCGUUGGCGGGGAGCAGGGGACAUCAGGAGCCAUCUGAGGCAUGACCAGUGACUAUGAGGAGGCCUCCAAGAGGCCAGCGAGAGCAGCUAUUGCUUCCUCCUUUCCCUUCGCUGGGUUCUGGGACUAAAAUUAACCGCCAUUUCCAGCGCCCUCUGAGGGAAAAGUGUUAAAUGUGCUAGGUCCUUGGGUAAAUUUUGGAAAUGAGGAGAUUGAAAAAUCAUGCUCACAAAAAGACAAACUUUGCAGGACAAAGUGUGAUUUCGAAUUAGAAAUCAGGCAGUGAGCAGAUCCCAGCCUUGGGGAUAGCGGGGAGCGAAGUCAACCAUGAACAUAAAGAAGCAAAGAUUUCUCUUUACAUUUCUGAAGAGAAAUUAGGGAGAGAGGGAGAAGCAGAAAUACACAAAAUUUAGUGCCCUUGAGUUGUCUUUUCUUUGGACCAUAUGGAGCUCACGUCCUGCAUUGUUCUGAGGUGUGUUGCUCUUUAUCACACCCCCCACACACACACCCCAUCCCAUGGCACAAAUCACCAUCAAUCAACCCUUCUUCCGGGGGACUAAUCCAAGCCUCUUCUCCCUCCAACUCAUUGCUGGACGAGCUGAGCUCAUGGAUGGACCCCAAUAGCUAAAGCAAUGCAGACAUGUGUGUUCUGAACACAGUUCUUGGAUUUCCCAGGAUUGGGGGAGGAGAGAGUGACCUGAGGUUGGAAACACGAAAAGGACAGGUAUAGUCUGUUUCUUUAGAAUCCCACUGGCCCCAAGCUCCCUCGCUCAUGCAAGGCAGGCAGGGAGGGCGAAGGAAGGCAGCUGGACACUCUGUGCAGGCCCCGUGGUGCCCACCUGCUCCCCGCUUAUCCACAAGGCACGGAUCUGCCCGCCGCCUGAUUUCUAAUUUGAAAUCACACUUUGCCCUGCAAAGUUUACCUUUUUGUGUGUUUUAGGUUAAACCAACAACCCACAAAUACGUAAAUAAAUAAACUGGUCAUUUGUAGCCAUUGUGGAAUACUCAUGGCCUUGCAGCUGCAGGCGACAGGAGCUGGAGGCAGCUUGAGAAGGCGGUGUGGGAAAUGAGCCAGCAGCUCCCAAGGCCCACCCCUCUGGAGAAGGACGCGGUGCUCUAAUAGGCCUGGAAGGGGUUCUGCAGCUGCCCUGGGCUCCAGGCCAAGGGUCACAGCAAAACCAGCAGCCCCCAGAGGCUGGCCUGUGACAGCAGUGGUUCAGCCCCAGCUCCCGCGGCGCCUGCAUGGUUACUGGGCCAUGGGCGCGCAGGUUCAUCGGUGCUGGCCCACCUUGGCCUCCCCGUGCAGCCCCAGCCUGCCUGGAUCUGGUGGAGUGGACACGCUGGGACCGGCCGCGGUGACACUGGGAACAGUCGGACGGUGCCGGCAGCUGCAGCAGGUGGGCACUGUGUUUCAGCUCUGGAUCUACGCGGCCAAGUCCUGCAAAGGGGUGCUGGUGAGCAAGGCCCAGUGCACGGCCAUGGGGCUGCGCAGCGGCUACCUGCGGGACAGGUUUUGGCUUGUGAUCAAUGAGAAGGGGAACAUGGUUACUGCUCACCAGGAACCUCGCGAGGUCCUGAUUUCCCUGACCUGUGAGUGUGACGCCCUGACCCUCGGUGCAGCCUACAUGAAAGACCUGUUGCUUCCCAUCGAGACUCCCACCACAAAUGCAGUGUUCAAGCGCAGGGAAUGUUUCAUGGAGCGAUGUGGGGAUAUGGCCACUGGUUACACUUCUGUCGUGUGUUCGCUAGGAGGCGCUGUUCUGUUGGACUUUGAUGGGAAUGAUGCCCUCUGGAGCUGGGCAACACAGCGGUCCUGUGCCGGGUGGAUUCUCACCUCAGUCAAGACAAAAACCACAUGCUGUUUGAGCUCUUGCUUCUGUUUGGCUGGACUCAUCAUGGUCUUCCUCUUCUACCGCAGUUGUCACCUGUGUGAUCCUUCUGAAUAAAAAUCAU